ACGGAAAAUCGACUACAGACGCAGGCCGUAGUCCUCUCUUCCGAAGAAUAUAUUGAACGUUCACAAGGAGCUCGUUCCAUUAUUGCACGUGGUUUCUUACCAAAUGAAGACAACCAAGCUCUACAGAAUGAUAAUCCCGACGAGGCUAUUCCAGCCAUUCUAAAAAGGAGACGGUCAUCAUCUUUGCUAUACAUUGAUCUUCCUGAAAGUACUAGUGACUCAGAGAGUGACGAAGAAGGUAAUAUAUCUCCAUGCGAGUUAGCAAGUAUGAAGAAAGAAGAGCGCCAUCUGUUAUUAUAUAAAAAGAGUACUGAUGAUAAAAAUUACACUGACGAUGAAGUUGAUGAGGAUAAAAAGAGUACCGAUGAUGAGGUUUACACUGACAAUGUAGUUGAUGAGGAUAGAAAGAAAAAGAUUAGUGAAAUUCCUCUGCGAGAAAAGCAAAGGAAAGAAAUAAAUGAUAAUUUCAAUUCAAUGGCUAAAGAUAAAAUGUGGAAAUUGUCGUCUGGCCGUUAUGUGGAGGAGGAAUUAUACGAGUUAGGAAAGAAGCUAGACUAUGAGCAUGCAAUACAUUCUUUCAUAUUGGACACUGAAGAUGAAGUUGUGAUGAAUCAUUUUAGCAAAGAAGAAAUGGAGGAAAUAGAUCAGACACCGGGUCCUGUCAUUCCUGAAUUGGCUGAAAAUGUGACAGAUUGUUUAAGUAAAUUCGUUGACAAGACCAAUUUAAAUGAAAUCAGAAAAAUACUCAAGGAAAUUAGCUUUGAUGAUAAAUAUAAUUUGGAAAAAGAUCACGAUGUUGAUUAUAUCAUAUUUGCUAUACAUGCUUUGAAAUUAGGUACAUAUUGUAGAAUGGGCCGUAGAGGAGAUUGGAUUUUAAGAUCAAUUGGUAAAGGUGAUAAUGAUGGAUUUGGGGCUGGUGAAGCGGGAAAAAAUGGAAAGAUAAAUACGUUGAUGGAAAAGGUUAAAUGGAACCCAGUAAAAUAUGACAAAAUUCAAACGGUUGGAAUUGUUCAUGCCGGAUUCGUCAGUGAAUUAAUGGAGGUACCGGAUACACCGGAAAAUUUUUCAUCUAUUCUAACCAUUUUAGCAUCAGUUCUCAAUUUAAAGAGUCGAAUUCAGGAAAUCUUGAAAGCUGUCAUAAACUCGAAAGAAAAUCAAGACAGGAGAUCUUUCAUUGAUGCAGGAUUAAAAAACGAAAAUAUAAUCAUGAUCAGCAUCAGUUAA